CGAACUGUUUGUCCACGAACCAUCACUCAUCUACCCUGCACGCAGAGCUCACCAACGAGCACAUCCUCGACCCAGGCCUGCCCUGGUCACACAGACACCGAACGCCUGCACCAUGGUCGACGUCAACGUCAGCACGCCCGCGAACGGCGAGCACCCCGACCCGGCCGAGACGUCUCGCGAGGGCCUGCUCCGCAUGCAGAGGCUCAGCGAGGCGUCUCGCGUCCAGCCCAACCCAUACGCCGCCGCGUUCCACCCGCUCACCUCGGCGCUGGUGUACCCCUCCACCGCGGCCAGCGGGCGGCACCACGUCGUGACGUCCGUCUUUGCCGACACGCCGCCGCGCGCGCUGCCCAUCCCGCCGCCGUUCAGCCGCGCCGAGAAGCUCACCAUCUCGCCCGACGGCGCGUGGAUCACGAGCUUCCGCUCCACCGAGCUGAACGACACCAACCUCGGCAUCGGGGCACGCUCUGACGAGUCGGGCGACCUCAUGGUCUACGGCGGCUCGCUGCUCGAGCCGUCCUCCGUCCCAGGCAGCUUUAUGCCGCUCUCGGCCUUCCCCCUGUCGUCGCCCCCGCUCGCCAUGACUUAUGUGUAUCCCCCACGCACGCGCCUCGGACCAGGCGGCAACAAGGCCGCGCCGGCCUUCGGCCCGACCCCGCCCCCUUCGUACGCCGCUGCUGCCGGCCGCGGACCGACGUCGAUCGUGCUCACAUCCGAGCUCAUCUACCUCUUCCAUCCUCACCCGGUUCCCGCGCCAGUGAUCCUCGACACGCACUCGUCGGCGUCCAACCCCGCCGACAACUUGACUGGUACCGCGCUCGCGGACCACGCGAACGGCAUGAGCUGGCAGCUCAACUCGCUCCGGUGCCCCAUCGGUGUGCGCAGCUACGCCGGGCUCACGAACCCUGGUCCGAGGACGUCGGCGUUCCGCGCGCAGCGCGGAUGGAUCGGCAUGGUCGGCGGCAACGACAGCGUGUGGGCGGCUGUCGAGGCGAACGGCGAGGUUAGCGUCAUCAGAAUCGAGUUUGGGCUCGAUGCCAACAAGCUGCCAUACCUGGCCACGACACCGCUGCCGUCGCUGCCCCGCCCGAGACCCCCGCCGUUUGACAACAGCACGGGCACGCCGGAAGCGCGCCUCGAGUACGUGUCGUUUGUGUCGCUGCCCAACGGCGGCAGUGCGAGCACGCACGCGAAUGGGACUGGGGAUGGCGGGGAGGCCAAGGACGCUGACGAAGGCGUCGGCGUCGUCCUUGUCUACCGCGACGUCGAGGAGAGCCUCAAGCCCACCCUGCCACCACGGCAGCGUAUGCGGUUCGAGCUGUGCGAGCUGCGUAAGCGCAAGAUUACGGUCGUGGACGGUUUCAAGGAGAUUGGAGCGUCGACAGAUGGGCCCCAGGCCAUGGACUGGUUCCCGGCCGCCAAGGCGCAGCAGACGGCGCUGUCGCCCGAGGGCACCGUGAUCGUCGCGCUCGCUCCUCUCCCCGACGUGCCGCCGCACAGCCUGGCGUUGGCGCUGAUCUCCUCGCCCACGGGACUGAGCCUCUCGCACGUCAACCUCGCCGGCAGCGGGAACGCCAUGGACACCGGCGACCGGUGGUCGGCCCUCGUCGGCGAGGAGGUGGCGCUGGACCCGAGCCUCGCGUUUGGCGACGCGGUCAUCAUCCCCAGCCAGGGCCCGAAGCGCGGCGAGAUGGGUGUCGUGGCGCUGCUCAGCGUCGGCUCGCGCCCGCGACUCGUCCCGUCGCCGCGGCUCGAGGUCGAGUCGCCCACCCCGUCAGAAACGAUCAAGGAGGUGGCCAAGCGGUGUGCACGCAGCGUCGAGCUCGCCGUCGUCCAAGGCGUCGACUGGAGCGAUGCCAUUCGCGCGGCGUUCGCAACCGUCCCCCACGCCGACGCAAACGACCUCGCAAAGGCCAUCCUUGAGAAGGCGCUGGACAUGUUCAUCAAGCACUCGCGCAGCUACGUGCCGCAUAUCCUCCGUCUUCAGGUCGCUGUGUGGGCGCAGGCCGACGACCCGCGCAAGUCGCUUGCCGUCGAGCUCAUCCGCAUGGGUGAGGCGAGCCAGAUCUUCUUCCUCUGCGGUGACGAGAACAAUGGGGCCAUCACGUUUGACCUGGACUCCAUCUGGAACCUCGUCGAUGUGUUCGAGUGGGGCCUGUCCGUCGUCGGUCGCACGUGUCGCGACGCGAUAACGGAGCGCGCGCAGUCCGAGUGGGCGUCGUCCGAAGCCAUCACCGAGGGCUCUACGCGACUGCUGUACCUCAUCCACCCGCUCCUGCGGCGCAUCCUCGCGCGGCUCGUCGCCCUCCUGGCGGCGUUUGCAAAGUUCGUGUCGACGCUCGACCGGCCCAUCCGCGGGCCGGAGAGCUCGGCGGCGAGGUCAAACAACGCGACGGCCGUGGCUUCCGAGCGCAUCGCCGACGCGCUGGUGCGAGAGAGCGUCGACUUGGCGGUAUGGGGCGAUGUACUCGCGGCGCUGGGCAAGGGCCCGCGCCCGUCAGAUGCCGACACGUGCGCGUCGCUGCUCACGCUCGACAUUGGCCCGAUCCAGAGCCUCGUCCCGGCCGCGCUGUCGGCCAUCCCCACGCCGUCGAAUCUGUUCGUGCACCCCGCCGUCGAGGUAGAGCGCGACGGGGCGAGCGCGGCGCCAAUCGGCGAGCGCCCAACGGCCCACUGCGACCGCUGCGGCGCGCGCACGGCCAUUGCCGUCUCGAGCAUCAUGCGCAACGAGACGCCGUCGCCGUGGGCCGCGUGGCGGAGGACAUGGCGCAGCGCGUGUAUCUGCGGCGGCACGUGGAUGCGGCAUCCGCUGGAGCCGCCCGCGCGGCUGCGCCCAUAGGGUUGUUCGUACAGUGG